UUCACCCCACGCCAGUCCACUCUGACACACACAUACAGAGAAAAUAGUGUGUGUUUCUAUGGCAAAUUCUUGUUCUUUUCCUUCUGAAAUCCACUCCAUCAGCCUUUUCACUUUACUGAAGCAGUCAACAUUUUCUGUACAAAUGGGGAGUUGAAAGAUCACCUAAUCCUAUAUGAACUGAUAAGUUCUUGAAUUUAUACUAUUAGAAGUCAUAAAUGCAGCAUAAAGAGGCUAAAUUUAGCACAUAAAGACUAUAAAGAUUCAGUCUUUAAGGCUGUAUAGCACUCACGACAUUUGCUAUGGUUGGUUUACAAAUAUCUAGUGUAGACUUAGAAAACGGCGAGGGGAGUCUACGUUUCUCCGACGCGGAUGACGGUUCUUCUUACUCUCAACUUUAUUCCACAGCUGAUGGUGAUGGUUCUUGUGAUGAUUACAACUGGUGCUGUGGCUCUAGGCUUGGACAGAUUUUAGUACCUCAAAAUUUGGAAUCUGGGAGAAAUUCAUCUGUGGGUGAUUCUUCAGCAGACAGAGAAAAUGGAGAUAAUGAGAAGCAUUUGGGGAAAGUUGAGAGAGAUUGUAGGAUUUGCCAUUUGAGUUUGGUGAGUCGUAGCCCAGAAACAGGUGUUGCCAUUGAAUUGGGUUGUUCUUGUAAGGAUGAUUUGGCUGCUGUUCAUAGGCAUUGUGCUGAGACUUGGUUCAAAAUCAAAGGAAACAAGACAUGUGAAAUUUGUAAUUCAAUUGCGCAGAAUGUGGUUGGCCCGAAUGAUAUUGAGGCAUCACAACAGACGAAUGAAAGCAAUUCAACUGUAGCAAAUACAGCCUCGGCUGCAGGACUAGCAAGUGCAGAAACUCGAAGUUGCUUAAAUGGCCACCGUUUUCUAAAUUUUCUCCUCGCCUGCGUGGUUGUUGCUUUCAUUAUAUCUUGGCUUUUUCACAUUCACAUUCCAUCAUAAAUAUUAUUAUGAAAGAGUUCUUUCAGAAGAUGGUGGAAAAACUGGUAUGAUGUCCACAGGCUUGCGAAAGAUAGUGAUGAGUAGAUAGGUAUUGGUGGUUAUAGUGUUCGUUUACCAUACAUUUCUCCGAGUUGUAUCUGUAUUUUCGGUUUGUACAUUUGUUGCAAUUUGGUCAUUUUGUCUGUGUACUUGGGUGAGCUCGUGUUUAAGAAACCCAACAGAGGCAUAAUUAGAAA